AUGUCGAUCGAGAUCGCCCUGAACACGCCGCUGGCGGAUGCCCUUAACAGUGUCAUUCAGCCGAAACUGAUGGAAGUUGGCUGGGCGCAAUCAAAUGACGAUGCUGCCCUGUCCGAAUAUAUUAUCCUCAUGCUCGUGAACGGCAAAACACAAGAGCAAAUUGCAGGAGAACUUGCAGGCGAUCUAUUGAGUCUCGGACCCGAUGACCCAGCCGCUCGGGACUUCACACAUUGGCUUUUUGAUCAGAUCAAUGCUCUACAGUCACAACUUAACGGCGGUCUCGCGCAUGCGGGUAAUUCCGCGGAAGGUGGCGUCCUAACUGAUGCGGUUCCUAUGGAGCAAGAUACAGAGAUGAGCACAUCAACAGAUGGCCCAGAACUUAACGCGCCUACCGGACCAAAAUCCAUGAGGAAUGGUAAUAUGAGAGGCGGCCGCGAGAAGCGAAUGUUCGGUCAAAUGGCGAAAGCAAUGGACCGCAGCCAUGACUCGGUGUUGCAUCGCGUUAGAGGAAAUGGCAACGAGCGAAUCAAUGCGCACAACCGAGGACCUCCAAGCGGACCUAGGCUCGGACGCGGCAACAACCGCAUGAUGAACAACCGCGCCGCCGGGAUAUCUGCUGGACUCAACCAGAUGGCUAACAGCAUGCCAGGCAUGGCUGGCCCACCCAACAUGAACGGUAUGAACGACAUGAGCUGGAUGAUGCAGAGCGGCCCUCAGCAAGAACAGAUUUUUCAAUUACUCCAGCAACAGAACCAAAUGAUGGCCCAGUUGCAACAACAGCUUUCCCAGCAGAACCAAAACAACAAUGGCCGGCCAGGAAGGUCUUUGUUUGACCGAACUCAGAACCCGCGAGGUGGUAGGAGAGGAGGCCAUCAUAUGAACGGCCCUAGGUCAUUACAUACCGGGUCACCAAAGCCGCCAGACAACAAUGCCGAGGGUGAGGAUGUUGAUAUGUCACAAGGCAAACCAGAGCCACCAAAUCCCGAGACAACAAUUUGCAAGUUCAACCUGGCUUGUACAAACAAGGAGUGCAAGUUCGCUCAUCAGUCGCCUGCAGCCCCUCCUAACACAACUGUGGAUGUUACCGACGUUUGCUCAUUCGGGGCAGCUUGCAAGAACUGGAAGUGUGUGGGUCGCCAUCCUUCUCCGGCUACCAAGCGUGCCCAUCAGAAUGAACAGGAGUGUAAAUUUUAUCCCAAUUGCACGAAUCCGCACUGCCCUUUCAAACACCCCGACAUGCCUCCUUGUCGUAACGGGGGCGACUGCAACGUGGAGGGGUGCAAGUUUACUCACCUACAAACCAUGUGCAAGUUCAAGCCCUGCAAGAACCGAUACUGCCCUUUCAAGCACGAAGAGGGUCAACGCGGCACGUUCCCAGACAAGGUGUGGACAACGGAGGGAGCAAAGAACCAUGUGAGCGAGAGGCACUUUAUCGACCAAAAUGGCGCGGAGGAACUCAUCAUUCCUGGAUCCUGUCGUUGCAUACGUGCAAUGAUUCCCAAACGCCCAGAAGAUGCUUUCAUAAUCCUUCUACGGUCGCUUUACAACAACGCUCAGCGCUCAACCCAACGGUUAGCAACCCGCCGCCCCACCACGCUGCUCGGCCGGCCUCACUUGUCCGCGCGACUGCUCAGCACUCUAUCCGGCUCGCGAAGUCGUCCUGAAACCUCAAUUGGCUCGAGUCUCGCUUAUAGGGGCCAGAAACAGCCAUACGCCACCACUUCCACCGGCCAAACAGAACCACGUCAGAUUGCCAUCCUCGGCGCUGGAAUAACAGGCUUGACGGCAGCGCAUUACUUGGCCCGUCAUGCAGAGAAUGCGCAUAUAACAAUCUACGAGGCUACUGAUAGGCCGGGAGGAUGGAUUAAGGCAAAUAGGGUCGAAGUUGAGGACGACAACGGGAAUAAAGGCCAUGUCUUGCUUCAAAAUGGUCCGCGGAUGCUCCGUUCCGGCAGUUCGUCAACUAAAUACGACGAUCUUGUCCUGUACGACGUGCUUGCUAGCUUGAAUAUGGGUGAUCAAAUCCGACACCCGGAAGGUGUGUCGGAUAGCCGCUACCUAUACUAUCCCGAUCAUCUUGUAAAAAUGCCGUCCGGGGAGCGAAGUCUAGAUAACCUAGUUGGCGCAAUCCAAAGCUACCUUUCAGAACCCAUAUGGUCCGGCGGCUUAAGGACUGCAUUCAAUUUCUGGGUUAGCUAUAACAAGUCUUUGGCUCCGUCCCACCGUCACCAUCCCAACACCUCCCACGAGGUACCAGAAACCGACGAGUCAGUCACGCAGUUUCUAAAGAGGAUCCUAAAAGAUGACAGAUUUAUCAAUAAUAUAGUGUCUGGCAUAAUGCACGGCAUAUAUGGAGGCGACAUCAACAAAUUGAGUGCCAAGCACACCAUAUUAGACCGCCUGUGGUAUCAUUUCCAAAACCCUCUUCCUCCUGACAUGAAAGCUUCUUGGGUCGAUCUCAAAGAAUGGUAUUUGUUAUUUGACAUGCUGAGUGGACCUAACAGGCUCAAGAUUAUUGAGCUAGCUGAGAAGGCUAUUGAUUGGAAGCUGUUAGCAUUUGAAGACGGCCUUGUAUCGUUGGUUAGAGGCUUAGAGGAAGACCUCAAGAAGAGGAGCAAUGUCACCUUCAGCUACAACAAAACUAUUACAUCACUAAAGCAUGAAAAUGGUAAAAUUUUGGUGACGAAGUCAAACUCAAACAAACCAGCACAACACGACCAUGUGAUAUGUACAUUAUUCUCUAAGAAGCUUGCUCAGAUCACGGAGCCGCAGAAUUCUUUGCCCUCACUCGCAGAGACACAUGCCGUGACUAUCAUGGUCGUCAACCUGUGGUACCCGAACCCCAAUCUCUUGGCUGAACAUGGUUUCGGGUACCUCAUCCCAUCAUCUACCCCCGAAAACGAAGAGGGUGCUCUCGGCGUACUUUUCGACUCAGAUUUACGAACCGAUGACAACGAAAUGCCCGGCACCAAGCUCACUGUCAUGCUUGGCGGACAUCACUGGGAUGGCUGGGAGUAUUUCCCGUCAGAAGAGGCGGGAAUUGCUAUGGCGAAGGAGGUUGUACGACGUCAGCUAGGCAUCAACUCUGACGAAAGAGUGGUUGCAAGUACACGCCUAUGUCGUGAUUGUCUACCGCAGCACUUCGUGGGUCAUCGUGACCGCAUGAAAGAGGCGCACUACGAACUUCUCUCGGCAUUUCAGGGUCAUCUUAGCGUUGCAGGACCCAGUUACACCACAAUUGGUGUGAUACCUUCUAUGCGCGCAGGGUUCGACGCGGCCAUGCGUGUCGCGCGUGGCCAUGGACAACCUUGGUUCCGCAUCCCUGAGCGCAAUCGCAUAACCUUAGAUAACCUUUCCCCAGAAUCUCCAGAAAAUGAUUAUUGGUUACCAAACGACGCUUCUCCCACGAAAAUUGAUACCAUCGGGGAUACAGGGCUAGAGCAUUUCACAGAAAAAGAAUGGGCCAACCUGCGCCCUUCGGUACGGGAUGGAAUGCUAUUCCGCAAAUUCACCGGCAAACCGGCUCGUUUCCUCGACCCAAAUGUUCAGCAGCGACCAGUAACCUAA